CAAUGGCCCAGAUCACCAUCAAUAGCAGAAACGCAACGUCAACAGGCAUGUCACCAUUCUUCCUUCAGCACGGGCACGAAGUGGAGCCGCUGCAGCUAGAGCUAGAAAAUAAAAGACGACAGCGGAAACCAGCCGAACAGCUUUCGGACGAGCAGAAAGCAGCAGAGAUCGCGGUCAAACUACAGCAAGCUAUAGAACUAGCCCAAGCAGGAAUGGCAGUCGCUCAACAAGAACAGAAGAGACAGGCGAAUAAGACUCGGAGAGAGGCACAGAGCUACUAAGUAGGCAAUAAGGUAUGGUUGAAGCUCAAUCAGCAGUAUAGCACAGGGCGAAGCUCUAAGAAGCUCGACUAGAAGAACGCUAAGUACACAGUAGUUAAGGUAAUCGAUAGCCACUCAGUUCAACUAGACACGCCGCCAGAACCGCACCCUGUUUUUCAUAUCAACCAAUUAAAGCUCGCUAGCAACGAUCCUCUCCCAAACCAGGUUCAGGAUGACUAUCAGCCACAGCCGCUGCAGGUAGACGGAGAAGACGAAUAGGAGGUAGAGAACAUUAUAGCAGAAGAGGUACGCCGCCGUAGAAGAGGGCGUAAGCUAUACUACGAGGUGAAGUGGAAAGGGUUCCACCGAACGACGCUCGAACCAGCGGAGCUACUAGAGGACGCUGAGGUAGUAGAUCGUUGGGAAGCGUUCACAGAGACCAAACGAGACAGCGAGGGCCGCCUCCCGGAAGGGUUUCGGAGA